AUGUUGGGGCGUGACAGAAAUUGCUUCACCAGAAAAGAGGUGUGUGAAAAGUCUCUGUUCUCUAGAAUAGAGAUGGUAAGUGUGGCAGUCAGCACAGAGCCUUGUCAUGCUAGGUGGGAAGUAGAGACAGAUGAAGUUGUCUUGCAGAGGAGGCAAAAGCAGAUAGAUUAUGGCAAGUGCACACCUGGUUACCGGUGCUUUCUACAGCAGGUCCCCAAGGCACAGAGACAGCCAGGGCUUCACCCUCAAACACCAGACAAGAACAGGAGAUACAGCCGUCGUUCCUGGGAUGCCCAGAUCAGGCAAUGGAGAAGAGCCCUACAUACCUGGGACCCCCCCAGCCAGCCUCUACAGGGCAGGGGGGCUCAGGGGCAGGGAAUGCAGAGCCCCUUAGAGCUGAUGGAUUCUACCCCUUUGGAUAACCUUCUGGGUGACUGGGUCCAACCCUUGGAGAAUCCAGAUGGAUGCAAGAAAGGGGCCCAGUUUGCAGACUUGGUUUCUCUGUCCUCCCCUCCCAAGCUCAAUGUUGAAGAUCCCCAAGAAUGA